CCUGUCCCGCUGCGCUGCACGGCUCCUGCAAACUCGCCCCAAGCAGAGGAACUUUCUGCAGACAGGCUUCUUCAUCCCCCCUCUGCUUCCCCUCCUGCCAAAUAAGGUCUGGGGGCUUUGCUUCAACUCUAAAAACUGAUGAUUGCCCUUAGGAAGAGAAGCUCAUGCUCCUCUCAGCUGUUCCCUGCUCUCUGUGCCCUCGGGCUGGCCAUGCUGGGGGGUCUGUCCUGGGCUGUCCCCAUGGACGAACAGGAUUAUUAUCUGCAAGAGAUUAGCAACAGGGAUCACUAUUACUCCUUUCCAUACCCUGGUGAAGAGUAUUUUUCUUUCACGGAGCAACCCGGAGAGGAAGGAACUAUCCGUGCUUCAGAGCCAGAGGAACACCCAGGGUUCAAACCGAGCAGGAAAGAGUUAAAACCGAAGAAAAGCAGCAAAAAAGGAAAAGCCAUUCUUGAACCUCCACCAGAUUGUCCUCCACUUGGUCUAGAGACACUAAAAAUUACUGACUUCCAGCUCCAUGCCUCUACAGCAAAGCGAUACGGCCUCGGGGCCCACAGAGGAAGGCUUAAUAUUCAGGCAGGUGUUAACGAAAAUGAUUUUUAUGAUGGUGCUUGGUGUGCAGGAAGAAAUGAUCCAUUUCAGUGGAUUGAAGUAGAUGCUCGAAGGCUAACAAAAUUCACUGGAGUCAUCACACAAGGAAGAAAUUCUCUCUGGUCGAGUAACUGGGUGACCUCCUUCAGAGUAUUGGUGAGCAAUGACAGCCAUGCAUGGACUGCUGUCAGAAAUGAAUCUGGAGAUGUGAUCUUUGAGGGAAACAGUGAGAAGGAGAUCCCUGUUCUCAAUAUGCUGCCUGUGCCACUGGUUGCACGCUACAUCCGCAUAAACCCUCGGUCCUGGUAUGAAGAAGGCAGCAUCUGUAUGAGGCUGGAAAUCUUAGGGUGUCCUUUACCAGACCCAAAUAAUUAUUACCACAGAAGAAAUGAGAUGACAACUACCGAUAAUCUCGACUUUAAGCAUCAUAACUACAAAGAGAUGAGGCAGUUGAUGAAAACUGUGAAUAAAAUGUGCCCAAACAUCACAAGAAUUUACAACAUUGGAAAAAGCCACCAAGGACUAAAACUGUACGCUGUUGAGAUUUCCGACAACCCAGGAGAACAUGAAGUUGGUGAACCGGAAUUUCGGUACAUUGCAGGAGCUCAUGGGAAUGAAGUGCUUGGACGUGAGCUGAUCCUUUUGUUAAUGCAGUUCAUGUGUCAGGAAUACCUCGCUGGGAACCCGCGCAUUGUGCAUCUCAUCGAGGAUACCAGGAUCCACCUUCUUCCCUCAGUUAACCCAGAUGGAUAUGACAAGGCAUACAAGGCGGGCUCAGAAUUAGGGGGCUGGUCUUUAGGUCGAUGGACUCAGGAUGGCAUUGACAUCAACAAUAAUUUCCCAGAUUUAAACUCUUUGCUCUGGGAGUCUGAAGAUCAGAAGAAGAGCAAAAGGAAAGUUCCAAAUCAUCACAUCCCCAUUCCUGACUGGUACCUAUCUGAAAAUGCCACCGUGGCGGUGGAGACGCGAGCAAUCAUUGCAUGGAUGGAAAAAAUUCCUUUUGUGCUGGGGGGCAAUCUGCAGGGAGGAGAGCUGGUGGUGGCUUACCCCUACGACAUGGUGAGGUCCCUGUGGAAAACACAGGACUACACACCCACACCAGAUGACCACGUCUUUCGCUGGCUCGCCUACUCCUACGCCUCCACGCACCGGCUGAUGACAGACGCGAGGAGGAGAGCGUGUCACACAGAGGACUUCCAGAAGGAGGACGGCACAGUUAAUGGCGCCUCGUGGCACACAGUGGCUGGAAGCAUAAAUGACUUCAGCUAUCUGCACACCAACUGCUUUGAGCUGUCCAUCUAUGUGGGCUGUGACAAGUAUCCCCACGAGAGCGAGUUGCCUGAGGAGUGGGAAAACAACCGGGAGUCCCUCAUCGUUUUCAUGGAGCAGGUCCAUCGGGGCAUCAAGGGCAUAGUGAAAGACAUACAUGGAAGGGGGAUCCCAAAUGCCAUUAUUUCAGUAGAAGGUGUUAACCAUGACAUUCGCACAGGAGCUGAUGGAGACUACUGGCGCCUUCUCAACCCAGGGGAAUACAUGGUCAGUGUGAAAGCAGAAGGCUACACCACUGCCACCAAGAACUGCGAGGUGGGCUAUGACAUGGGAGCUACCCGCUGCGACUUCACCAUCUCCAAAACCAACCUGGCAAGGAUCAAGGAAAUCAUGAGGAAAUUUGGGAAGCAGCCCAUCAGCCUGUCCCUGCGGCGGCUCCGGCAGCGGGCUCGGCAAUGGAGGCAGCGCAGAUAGAGCCCAGUUCUGCCAACAUCAGCCCAGCUGUAGCACUAGUGAGAGUUGCAUAGCCCAACCCUUCCUACGCAUUUCCCUAUCUGAGGCUUUUCUGCUAGUGGAGCUGGAUGUGGGUUUGUCAGUGUGGCAAAAAACUGGAAGCAAAGAUUGGUUCAAGCUGAAGUGAAAUAAGCCCUGGUGUUUGUGGGGGGAGGGAGGUGGGAAGAAUGGAAAGAUGUUUUGAGUUAAAAUGAAAUGUUUGGGGUGGUUUUUCUGUUGUGUUUUUUUUUUUGUUUUUGUUCUUGUUUUUUUGCCUGUGGAUUAUUUAAUCCUAUGUAAAUCUGUUUUCUUUAAAAAUAGCAAAGGAAGAAAAAAAAGAUACUUGUAAAUGAGAAAUACUUUUGACUGAAAAAAAAAAAAGAUGUUUCUAAAGUAUAAAAUUGAUAUAUUUUUGCAAUUCAAAAAAGUUAUGACGAUCUUUAAAUUUUCUUCUCAUAUGGGAGAAAAGCUGAGAGGGCACUGCUUUUGCUGAACAUCAUUAAAACGUGUCCAAAUUUUGGUCUCCAUUUCCUUGUAAAUCCACAUUUUGACAAGCAUGGUAAUCUCUGGGGGAAAAAAUAUCCUGAAGUGAAUAAACCAUCUCAGCUUUUCUGUUUUGGUAUUCAAGAAUGCCUGAUGACUCCAGAACUUAGUGCCCAGCGUUUUGUUUUCAAGGUUGUGUUUUUACUCUGAACUACACGUAACAAAAAGGGCGCUGGGUAAGGACUGCUGCAGCCACAGCACCUCCUCUCUGACACAGGAAAAAGACUUGAAAUGAAGCUUUCCUUGUGGACGCAGGCUUGGGCAUGGGCAAAAUCCACUGACAGCAUCUUUCUUCUUGAUUCUGGCCUGCCUAUAAGCACCUUUGUGCUCACACACACCUCACGUCGCUCUCUUCCACAACCUGGCAGGGACUCACCUUCCUCCACAUGGUCUGUUUGUUUUGCCACUACAGCUGCUGCUUUCCUGGCCUCGCCGCUCUGAGAGCUGGACUUGUGCUUUAUUAUUGGCUUUUAAGUAACAAAGUUGUACGGCAGAAUGGGUUCGAGGUUUGGGAAAGAUGCAGAUUGAAUCUGGGAAAGAAUGAACUAAAUAAACACUGGUCAAGCCAUCAGCUGGUAGAAAUCAACUUUGCUCUGUGAGAUUCAAAGUCGUGACCUUGGUUGUACCAAAAGAAGGGCCAGCUGUACCUUUUUAGCCAGCCAGAAGUCUGUGGAUAAAUAAACAUCUCUAGCAUGCAUGGUAGUGAGGCUGCAGUGUACGCUUCCACAUAGAGUUUUAUUUAGAGCCUUUUAAUUGCCGUUACAGUGCUUGCCUAUACUGAUGUGAUUCUUGGAAAAGAUGUUCACCCAACCCUUAUUCCAGACCAAGGAGGAAUAAACUGUGAGUAGAAAACUUACUGUAAGAAUAUUAUGUGCCAUCUGUACUACAUCUAUUUUUAUUUUCUCAGCAAAGAAUCUUGAAAACACAAAAGGCAAAAUAUGGCAGAGCGAAUAAUAUAAUCAAUAACCCUUCCAUAAUAAAUAGUCCUGUUCUUAAAUUUCUUAGAUAAUUCUAGCCUAUCCUUGUUCUGCAAAUACCAUUAAAUAACAGCAAUCUGUGUGACAAAGAGAGAACAAAGAAAACAGCAGAGUGCAGACAUAAUUCUCCUCAGCUGAAAUUAUGGAACUCCAGCUCCAUUGUCAGCACUGUUUAAACUAAAUCAGAGACUCAGACAAAUAAUCUAAUCACUACAUUACCAUUUUGAAUUGUAUUUUACAUUGCCAGUCUAUUUACCACCUUUGCAGCAUUCUGUAGUCCCUUCAUUUGUUUUGAACAGCAAUUGUAACGGCACAGUUGUCAGCAGCUCAGAUGUCAUUCUUUUCUUGGGCAGUGAUGAGAAAUAUGUUGAGGAAUAUUGGAGUAGUGACAGCAUAUCAGUACUCCAUCUAAUUUGGUUCAUUCAUUGGCAUGCAUAGGUUUUGCCAACACCGCAAUGCCAGGUUUUCUGUGUUAUGAUCUGAUGAAGGUCUUCAGGUUGGUUCUCUAUGGAGUCCUAUGAUGUCCCAGCCAUCUUGCUGGGGGUGGAGGUCUGAACAGUCAUACAGGGAGCAGAGCAGCCGCAUUUGAAUCACUGAUAGCUGGACUGAAGGUGGAAACCAGUAGAUGGGCAGUCGUAGAACUGGCAGGCCAGUUCUUUCUACUUUUAAGUAAUGUACUUUACAAACCCAAAGGUCCUCAUGCUCUGUUCUCAGGUGUGAGGUUAUCUCAACCACCAGGUAUUUUUAUUCAAGGAGCGGAUCUGAUGAGAAAUUCUUUGAUAUCUGUAAGCUAAAAGUGAAUGGCUCCUGAUUGCUAAGACCUCAGUACCGCCAGCUGCUGAAGAUGGUGGCCUUGGUGUUCUGUGCUGGAGGCAGCCAUGCUCACACAUACCCAGUGCAGCAGCACUAUGACUAAGGCAGAUGACCUCACCCUAUUAGGCCCAGGCUUUACUCAGUAAAUGGCCUAAAAGCCAUCGAGUGCACUCAUCAGUGCAAGUUUUUGUGGGUUUUUUUUUAAAUUUUCAGCACUUUUAGACCAAAUAUUCCAGUUCAAAAGGAGUAGCUUUAGAUGUGUGAACAUCUCAUGCUGAGACAGGGCGCUUAUGCCUGCCCUAAAUACAAUAAUACCAGAAUGAAACGUGCCCUAGUUAUUGCUGUAGUUACGCACUUGAGAACUAAAUGUUCACUUAAAGAAAAAUAUGUGGCACUGCUAUUUAAUCUCUAUGUAGAUCCAGCAACAAACCAAUAAAGGAAGUAUUUUACAGUUGUCUAUCUUCUCCAGGUCUUUAGAACAGCUAAUUUUUUUCUAAAUUCUUUGGUUUUUAUCUCCUUUACUUUUGUACAAAAAAAACCUGCGAUGCUGCAGAAACAACAGGAAAUAAAACUGGAGGAUAGAUACGCUCCUUUUAUAAUUACAGAUCCGUUUUAACAGACACUUGUUAUGAGGACUUUGCCAAGCUUCGAUCAUUCCUUUGAUCAUCUCCCCCUUAUCAAGGGGAAGAAAAUAUCUCUUCAAGUAAUAAGAAAUUCAACAUCACCCACGCAGUAAAGGUUGAACAAAUAAAAGAUUAAAACAGGACGUAUUCUGUUCUCCUUGAUAAUACCAGCCAUCAGUCAUCUGCUCCCAUACAGAGCCCCUGCAGUCACAAAAUGCAGCAUCAGCCCACUGCUUUGAGCAACUGUGUUGUGCCAUCCAGUUACUUAUUUGUUAAUCUCUAUAACAAUCAUUAUUUCUAUCACUCUAUGUCUGUUUUUCUCAUCCAUCUUAGUUACUACAAGUAAGCAAACCUCUGGAAGACAAAGCUCAUUAUCUGUAGAUCAGUUUGGGAAUGCUGAAGCCAAUAAUACUGUAUCUGCUAAAACUGUAUCUACUUACCCAUGUUGGGAUGGCUGUACUGAAUCGUGGUAAUCUGUAACUCAAAUUUAAUCAGAAAACUGUUAGGAUUGUCCAAUUGUGCCUUUGAGUGUGAGGUUGAACUCUGUGUGGACAAAACACGCUGAUGAAAAUGAACGCAAACAAAGUUAUAGAUGAUGCUGGGGAAGAAAUGCAAUUUUUCCUGGGUUGUUUUAUGCCUGCUGUAUGUUUUCCAUUUCUCUCACUUUCUUUCCCCUCCUUGAUCCAUGUAUAGUUGUUUUCCCUCUGACUUCAGCUCGUUAUUUUUCGCUCUACCUUCAGCUCAUAUUUUCAGUGAAUCUGGGACAUUUUACCAAAGUAUGGAUUUUAGCUGUCAGUAACAGAGUUACAUAGCCGGAUUUAUUUUCCUCUCAUCAUCCUGCAGUGGGUGCUUGACCUUUCUGAGAAACAACUGAACAAAGGGCGGUUAACUUGGAGUGGAGCACAAGUGGUUCCACACCAACACCUUUCCUUAAUUUAACCUUUAAGGUUGGCAUAUAAACGCCUGAGUUUGGAGGGAGAAGUGUCUCUCUAUUGUUUACUUUUGUAAUGGUCUCCACAUGAAUUCACCCACCAGCCAGGUGUGAAGAAGUAUACAAGCUAGUGCCAAUAGCAUAGGUUGGGGCAGCAGCAUCUCUUGUGGCUGUACAUUUUUGGGCUGGACAGGCACACCUCCAGCUGUUCAACAGCAGUGCAGAGAAGCCCUAUUUCUUAAUAAAAAAGAUAUGAUUCACAUCUUUCUCCUUUCUCACUCUUGCAUACGUGGAAAGGGGGAAGUGAUUUUUAUGGUUGAUUCCACCAGUAAUCGUAAGGGUCACUUUUCCAUAUGCUUAUCAUUCAGUCCUCUUCAGUAAUAGGUGUACCAGUCUUUAAUGCAAGUAAUGAUUGUUUUUAAGCUUCAGGUGAUUAACUUGUAGAUGGUGAAGAUCUUUAUUCCAGCGUUUCCUCAGUUUUCCAAGUUUAAAUCACAAGUGUAUGCAUAGACUAACAUGCUUAUUCAUCGUUAAUUUCUUUCUAAAGGUCAUUUAGCUUGAGAUGACAUUUUUGUCUUUCACUGUGACACUUUAAUAAGAUUUUUGAGCUGCAGAAUUUAUGGUCAGUGAAGCCAUCAUGGUGAAUGUGUCUGGAACAGCAAGUCACUAAAUAACCAUUCCCUGCCAUCCCUAUCUCUGUACAGUUUGUGUUGCCAGUUUACAUCUAGUUGGGACUUGCAAACUGAACAAGUUCAUAUUCAGAUUUCUAGGACAACUUGUUCAUGAGUUUUUGUGGUAGCUCCUCUGUCCUCUUAACCCAUGAAAUUAUGGAUUUUUUUCCUCCUCUGUGUGGAUUUGGAUUACUGCUUCACAUUACAUUUUUGAAUGGUGCACUCCCACUGACUCCAUUCUCCUUGCUCAUGAGGCAGCAAAAGGACAGGUUUAUGCUUGUUGUGAAUUUCAGAGGGGCUGUGCUCCUCAGAUGACUUUUGACAUAUCAUUUUAACUCACUGUUAGCUGAAAAGAACAUAUUUAUCAAUAAAUACACCAAGAACAGAACUUUAGAAUGCUAAUGAAAUGGUCAUAAAUAUGCUUGAUAUAUCUGUGUUUCCGUGCUAUUGCCUUUUUGGCCUCACAAGCUCCAUUAAUUACGUGACACAGAGGGCCAGGCUCAGAGAGGUUACAUCCAUCCUUGCCUUUCCUCUGCCUGAUGGUUUGCACAAGCUGGAUCAAACAGCAUCCCACACAGCUUUACACUCAGGCCACUUUGCUUGGCUCUCUACUAAAUGAUCCUCAGAGACCUUCCAAGCACUCACCUACCCACACCAGCCAGGCUCACACACAGUGCUCUCAAAGUAUGGCAGAAUACAGCAAAGGAGCAUCACACCUUUUUUUCCCAUUGCCUACAUCUUUAGCUUAAUUCUAUUCCAGGACAAGACAAUGAAUAUUUAGUGAGAUUAAGGUCAUAUAUAUACAUACAUUUAACGAAAAAGCCAGAGAGU